GAUGGACCGCGGUGGGGAGAGGGUGGGUCUGUGUCUGUCCCUUUGCCAUCUGAAUGGGGGUGGUUUCUAGGGUCCUGUAUCCUAAAGUCCCUGCAACAAUAACUACCGCUAGCGCUCUGAUUACAAAUAGUUCCUCUGCCUAUCUCCUUCUCCCCACCACAUCCCCCUCUUAGAGGUAUAGGGUACAGCGGUUUCAGGGUUAGACCUUAAACAGAAACAGACACUUCCUCUGGAGCUAUUGGAGGUUAUCAGGACCUGGGGUGAUAGAGAGAACCCCACGGUAUUAAUGUAUGUUAAGUAAAGGGUGUGAGGAUUUAGUUUUGUUUCAUACCUAGGAAGUGUGGUGCUGUAAUCUAACGUUCCAGUCCAGUGUGCUUUUUUUCACCUCUUUUAUUUAUAUGAGCUUCCUACUUGAAGGCCAUUUAAGUAGCUUAAGAGAAGUUUAGUUCCCUGGCCCCAAGGGGAUUAGUGAUUAACUCAUAGUAUCUGUUGAAGUGAUGAUCAUAUUUUGUUUGUGGUGCUAUGUACAAAGAUGCUAAAAUGUCUUUCUAUAAAUUAUCAACAUCGUUAUUGAAAUACAACCACCUUUAGGGUGAAGGGUGGCCACCAGCUGGCUCAUAAACACACUCCACAAAGCAUUCCAUGUGGAGACCUGGAAGUCUGAAGGAAACUUAAAAAAAAAGAAAUGAUCCCCUGUGGAUUUGAGAUUAUGUUAGUCGACUCCCGCUGAUGGCAUGUUGAAGUUCAUUGAACAGCAGCUGAGAGGGCGUCGGAUCAGACGGGGACUGCGCUAAAAGCUGGGCUUGCAACAACAUGGGCCAGUGUGUCACUAAGUGCAAGAAUCCUUCUUCCACCCUUGGCAGCAAAAAUGGAGAUAGAGAAUCUAGCAGCAAGUCUCAUGGCAAAAGAAGCGCAGUUCACAAAGAAGAACAUACCUCGGUGUGUGCGAAAUCCUCUGGCGACAUCCUUGUCAAUGGGACAAAGAAAACGGAUCCUGCUUUAGAUUCUAGUCAACCUCCAGCUUUCUCUGGGGAUGCAAAGAAAGAGCCUGUUUCCGGUGCAGAGGAAUCUUCAGUUCAAAGGAUUGGGGAAUUGUUUAGGAGAUACAAGGACGAACGAGAAGAUGCCAUACUAGAAGAAGGCAUGGAACGGUUUUGUAAUGACCUCUGUGUUGACCCCACUGAAUUUAAAGUGCUAGUCUUGGCUUGGAAAUUCCAGGCAGCUACCAUGUGCAAAUUUACAAGGAAGGAGUUCUUUGAGGGCUGCAAAGCAAUAAAUGCGGACAGCAUUGAUGGCAUUUGUUCUAGGUUCCCCAGCCUCUUAAAUGAAGCCAAACAAGAAGAUAAAUUCAAGGAUCUCUAUCGUUUCACCUUUCAGUUUGGCCUGGACUCUGAGGAAGGACAGAGGUCUCUACAUCGGGAAAUAGCCAUUGCCCUUUGGAAGUUAGUCUUCACCCAAAAUAACCCCCCUAUAUUGGACCAGUGGUUAAACUUCCUAACUGAGAACCCCUCAGGAAUCAAGGGAAUCUCCCGGGACACAUGGAACAUGUUUCUAAAUUUUACUCAGGUGAUUGGACCAGACCUUAGCAACUACAGUGAAGAUGAGGCCUGGCCUAGUCUCUUUGAUACCUUUGUGGAAUGGGAAAUGGAACGAAGGAAAAAAGAAGAGGAAACCAAAUGUAUUACAUGUUCAGACACAGAGGGUCCAGGUAUAGAAGAACAGACUUAACAGCAUUUAAGCAGCAGUGAUGGAAAUAACCUGUUGCCCUUCAUUAAAUGUAAACUCUGGACCUUUCUGGAAAUUACUGAGGCUCCAGAUUUUUCUACUUUACACCUUUCUCUGCCUUGUAUUUGAAAGGGCUCUAAAAUGCUGUAUCAUGGUUUAGGCACUUUCUUAAUUUUGGUUAUACCUUUAACUCUUGCCCUGAAACAUUUGAUCCUGGCUACAAGUUAAAAACAGUUGUUGUUUUUUUUUUAAAGAUUUCAGAUUAGUAUUAAGUCUGACAUUUCUUGCACAAUGUAGAUCUUUUUGUUAGGUUUAAAUUAACAUUGCUAAAUUAUACAGUGCCAGAUUCGAGUUUUGUAUCCUACAUCUAUCAGGGCAGGUCUGUACUGUGUGUAGUGCUGUUUACAUUGUUGAAAUUUUAGGUUAUAUUAAUUUUAAGGUUUUAUACCAAUAUGAAUAGCAGUGUUAACUGCUAACUACAAAUGCAUUAAUUCCCAGAUAAUAAGGCUCUAAAAACAAUGUAAGUGACUGCUUUUUGUAAUACGUCUCAAUCCCCUUUUAAGCUAACUCUCAAAAAACAUGAGUUCAGGUCAUUCUUUUUUUGGAGUGUUGAACUAAAUGUUGGAUUUUAUUUAUGAAAACAUACUGUACCUGUCAGUCAACUGAAUUGUAGUUAACACUUUGUAUCUAAAUUACUUAAGCAUCACGUGCAAAAGAGCAGCGCUACCUCAGUUUUACUGGAAGUAGACUUCCUUGAUGAAUUUUCCUUUCAGCUGAAGAAGUCAUUCAUAUUUUUAUGACUAUGUGAAAAUACUUUGGAGCCAAAGGUUCUGCUUCUUAUGGCUGGUAAACAUUAACAGGAGCAAAAAAGCUGCUUUCGAGGGAAACUGGGGUAUGUAAAUCUGCUUUAAUUUACACUUGAUUUGUAUUAUCAACUUCCUUGUCUGGCAAGUGCAGUACACCUGUGUAGGGAUCUCUUGCAUUAAUGUUGACAAGCCAAUUUUUUAACUUAUACUUAAUUGCUAAAGCAUAAUUACAUCCCUCCAAAUUUUCUGGGGCAACAACAUUGGCACCCAAUGGAAAAGUGAGUUCUUCAAUGUGUUCUUAAUGACAACACUGUAAACCAUUCAUUUUUAGGCUGAUUUAAUAAUGUUUAAAUAGAACUCAGUUUAUUGUUUUUAAAUUACCUGUACUGGGAUUAUUUGCCUGUUAUGACCUAAAAAGGGAGUUUUAUUAACACUGGUUGAUUUUUUUUUUGUUAUUGAUGCUACCUUUUUAAAUUUUAGUAUAUCAGCUUUUUUAUACUUCUUGGUAAAAGGGAUAAUAACGGCUGAGGCUUUCUAUUAAGCUAAGCAUUGACUCCGUAUAUUUGAUACAUUUCUAUUAUACAACUUUAUUUUCAGAGUUGUAAUUCAGGAUCAUAAAAUGGCUUAAAUUUAAAAAUGAAACUGGUGAGCAAUCAGUUCCUAUUGUCCGAUGGUUCCUGUGCUGUAGAUUGCUACCUUGCCUCCCAGUGCCCAGGCAGGUGCCCGCACGGACUCUCACAGUGGUCACUGCAUGCUAGCAAAUCCAAUGGCAAGAGCUCAGUUUUGAGAUCCUGCAUCAUUAACAGUGCUUGUGUAAUUAAACUAAAGUACGUAUCUGUUUAAGAAGAUGUGCUCAACUUACAUCUUCUCACCAUGAUGAGAGGUCAAUGUUCUGCGUGCGUUAGGGAUGUGUAAAAAGUACGGAAAACUAAUGUUGCUCCCGUUUCAAGCCUAACAGAGGUUGUCAACUUGCAGGAGAAACACGAAAUUUAGGACUUGGUUCCUGGUUAUUAAAUAUAUGCUGAA